AGAAGUGCUGCCCCGCCACCGACAUUGCUUCACUGCUUGGUAAACUUGGCGAGCCAGGACGAUCAUCAGGGUGUCAGCCAUUCACUGCUGGGCAGGCUUAUCGCAACGAAGACCCGAGUAGCGGCAUGGCACCCCCGUUCGGUAUUGCCGUGUGACCAUUCACGUUCGCAGACGACUCAUGCCUUGCAUUUGUGCAUUCGUCGAAGAGCUCUCGCGAGCGCUGUUGUUCUGCUGCCGAACGCAGCCCGCCGCGAUGUCGUUGUGAGCAUGUUGUGUCCGUGUGCAAUUCCCGUCUCUCGAGUCUCCGACUGGGCGCCCAGCGGACUUCCUUGGCGGGAGCACCAAUGCCGCCCCCUCCACCAUCGAAGCACCCCAAGCACGCUCACGCUCCACGGAAGGCUCCACACCACGAACGGCGCUGCACUUGGCCCGCUAGCCCUUCCGGGCAGGUCCACAGCCGCGGCAGUUUCGGCGGUCCGAAUCCAGCUAGGCCCCACCAACCUUCUCGAACACACAGCGCGCUUGCACGCCCAUGCUUAUCACUUCACGUUUUCGGCUCGAUGGCCGAGGAUGCGCGUUGUCCGGUUGGGUUCGCGUACAGCCGUCUUGAGAUGGAUGGGAAUUGGAGUGCUGCAAUUGCCUGCGCUUACCGCCAUUGAACCGCUGAUGCCCGCCUGUUCAACACGCCGGAAUCCCUCCUCAUUACGCGAAUCUCUCAAUGCAGCCAUGAUGGUCUCCGCUCGUGUUCGUUCCUCUGUUUAUCAGUGCAUCAGCAGCAGCCGCCUUGGCGUUGGAUGCCGCAAUGAAACCUGGGAGAUAUGGAUAUCGAAGUCCUUCCAUCGUCCUUCGGCUUAUCGCAGCACGAUUCCUUCGAUGUCUAGACGUGAUCUGAGUCGAGGAUCGCAGAGAUUUUCUGGAAACUCACAUGCAAGGCAGUCCGACCAGCUACUGGCAGAAUGCAGCUGCCAGCAAAUGAUCUUUCUAGGGCUUUCUCUUGUCAGGGUGUAUAUACACUUGAACGAAGUUACUUGUGUAAAGUUCAAAUCUGCUUGAUCGUAGCCAACAGGUUGCAGAAUCACUAUAAGCGUCAAGUGGUUGAUCGGGCCUGCUGGAUGCAGGGUGGUCCCUACCUGUCGAGCAUGAGUCGGUUGUGAUUGGCUAAAAUCUGGACGCGUGAGCAUCGCAACAAUAUACGCUCCAAAUUGCACACUUCUUGUUUGACGAAUUCAUUAUCAUUAUGGAUACGUUGUAGCUAAGUGUCAUCUCGUAACUGCCUCCGCAAACUUAGUUGCCGGCAGGCUCAUCAUCCAAAGGCUCACCCUUGGAGUAGUGGUUGAUCCAGUUGAAGAUCUCCUUGUGCCAGAACAAGCUGUUCUCGCGCUUGAGAACCCAGUGGUUCUCGUCGGGGAAGUUGAGGAA